AUGUCCCGCCAUCCUGAUUAUCGCCUCGGCGUCUCCAAGGACAACUCCAACCGUGUCCUGUUCCUGGUGGCCAAAGUGUCCAUUAAUGCCACUCAACUAGUAUCCCUGGAUGAUGUCAGGCAACAAAUUCUAGAUACAGACACGAAGGACCAGGAGGUGACAGAAGCCCUGCAUAUCAUCGACAAGGAGGGACUGGCUGCAUUAAAGCGCAAGCUUGUUGGUUGGGAACCAAAGGACGGUCUUCUGAUGUACAAUGGCCGCCUCUACAUCCCUGAAGAUCAGGACCCACAGCGUGACAUCGUGCGUCUCUGCCAUGAUACACCAGCGGCGGGCCAUCCUGGAUGCAUGCGUAUGAUGGAACUCGUGCAAAGAGAUUUUUGGUGGCCCAGUAUGUCUGUCUUCAUCCACAAAUACAUCCAAGGCUAUGCCACUUGCCAGCACAUGAAGAUUCACAAUCACCCGCCGGAGAUACCGCUACGCCCAAAUGAGGUCCCCACCCGUCCCUUCCAGAUUAUGAUGACCGACUUCAUCACCGACCUCCCGCCUUGUCAAGGUUUUGACUCAAUUGCCGUACUCGUAGAAGUGGGGCCGCACAGCUUGCAGAAACGAGUCAUCCCUGACUCUAGUUUAUCUAAUACACACUGUCUUAUACUUGUAUAA